GGUCGGCUAAGAAGAAGAAGAAAGACCAACCAUGUCAAAGAGGCCGUCUUCGCCCGUGGGCAACGGGGCCAGCGGCGGCAAGGCCAGAGCGGCCGCCGCGGGGCCCUCGUCACAGAAGCCGACGGCGCCGAGAAGAAAAGACGAGGAUGGCGACGAGGGGAUGGGCCAGUUUGAGGAUGACUUUGAGGACGAGUUUGAAGACGAUGCAGAGAACGGCGAGGUGAUCGACAACGCCAGCGACAACGGCGACAUGGAGAUUGACGGCGUCAAGAUCGAUGGCGAGAUCCAACGGCCGUCCGACGACGAGGACGAACCCGAGGUCGACGACACGCAAGCGUAUAUACCCGGCGUCGGCGCACCAUUGCAGGAGGGGCAGCAGCUGGAGCCGGAUCAGUCGGCGUACGAGAUGCUGCACCGGCUCAACGUCACAUGGCCCUGCCUCUCAUUUGACGUGCUCCGCGACCAGCUUGGCUCGGCGGCCGAGCGGCAAAAGUACCCGCAGACGGCCUACUUUGUCGCCGGCACCCAGGCCGACACGGCCAAGAACAACGAGCUGAUGGUGAUGAAGGCCAGCUCGAUGCACAAGACGCAGAAAGACGGUGCCGAGGAGGACGACGAUGACGACGAAGACGAAGACGACGAUGGGCUGGACGACGAUGCGAUCCUCGAGUACAAGUCGAUCCCCCACCUCGGCGGCAUCAACCGGGUGCGGGCUGCGCCGGUUGCCCCGCCGGUCUCUUCGCUCGAGCCGUCGCUGGACCCCUACCCCGUCGCCACAUGGUCCGAGCUGGGCCAGGUCGACAUCUGGGACGUGCGACCGCUCUUCAAUGCGCUCGACCGGCCAGGGACAUCGUACGACCGCAAGGGCAUCCGACCCAUGCACACGGUCAAGAACCACACCAUCGAGGGCUACGCCAUGGACUGGGCCGGCUCGGGCGGCGACGGUGGCUCGGGCAAGGCCUCGUCGCUGCGGCUGCUCACCGGCGACCUGCACUCCAAGAUCUUCCUCACCACCUCGAGCCAGUCGGGCUUCACCACCCACGCCACGCCAUUCACCAGCCACACGUCGUCGGUCGAGGACCUGCAGUGGUCGCCAAAGGAGACGACGGUGUUUGCCUCGUGCAGCGCCGACCGGUCCGUGCGCGUGUGGGACGUGCGCGUCAAGAACCGGCGCAGCGUCAUCUCCGUCGCCGAUGCCCACGAGCAGGACGUCAAUGUGAUCUCCUGGAACAAGAACACAGACUACCUCCUCGUCUCUGGCGGCGAUGAGGGCGGCCUCAACGUGUGGGACCUGCGCAACUUUAAGCCUUCCUCCUCUGCGCGGCCCACGCCCGUCGCCUCGUUUGCCUGGCACACGGCGCCCAUCUCGUCCGUCGAGUGGCACCCCACCGAGGACAGCGUCUUUGCUGCUGCGGGCCGCGACGACCAGGUCACGCUCUGGGACCUGUCGGUGGAGCAGGACGACGAGGAGCAGGGCGAGAUGCAGGCCUACCAAGGGCCCGGCGGGCGCGAGGUGCCGCACCAGCUCCUCUUCUGCCACCACGGCGCCAGCGAGAUCAAGGAGGUCCACUGGCACCCCCAGAUCAGCGGCAUGCUCAUGACGACGAGCGCAGACGGCUUCCACCUCUUCAAGACCAUUUCAGUGUAGCAACUUUCCCAUCCAUUAGUUUUUGGUCUCUUUUUGUAAUUUUGCAAUCAUAUUCUCUCUCC